AUGGGUAUGCCUGUGAAAGAAAACCUUUCCAAUGAUGAAAUUAUGAAGGAGCCUGUUGUUACUGCGAAUAAAAAUGUUUCCACAUCUGAAGACAUCCAGUCCGUAGUUUUGAUGAUUCGAGACCAUGUCUCGACUAUUAAUAAAACCGUCCAGGCCGGAGAACAGGGACACAUCAACAGGAUUUUACGUGGUCUGGUGGCUACCAGGAAGAAGCUGAAUCCUAAAGUUUUGGAACUUGCAGCGUAUUACAUUUACCCCUCGAGUGAGAUCAAAGACAGGCUGUUGACUAUAAUAGUGCCCGAUCCAAAGCAAAAAGUGGUGCUGAAGCCAACAAAAUCUAUGACCAGUAUCUCAAUGCCCAUUCCCGAGGUGGACGCCUACUUUCGCCUUUUGAUGCUAAUAAACGCCAUCGACGAAGACAGACUAGAGGACGCCAAACUCUGCGCCAAGGCCGCCUCCGAUGUAAUAGCCGAGCAGAACCGACGCAGUCUCGACGGAAUAGCGGCCAGGAUUUAUUUCUAUCUGUCCAGAGUCGCUGAACUUCGGGGCGAAUUCAGCACCUUGCGGGCGCCUCUGCACUCCAGACUGAGGACUUGCACGCUCCGAAACGAUUACGAGGGUCAAGCUGUGAUUUUGAAUUGUUUACUCCGUAAUUAUUUACACUACAAUUUAUAUGAACAAGCUGACAAGCUCGUCAGCAAAAGCACUUUUCCCGAAUCUGCAAGCAACAACGAAUGGGCCAGAUAUUUAUUUUAUUUGGGCCGAAUUAAGGCAGCUAGAUUGGAGUACAGCGCUGCACAUAAACAUCUGGUCCAGGCAAUGCGUAAAGCACCACAAUGCGCUGCUCUUGGGUUUCAAUUGAUUGCCCAAAAAUUGGCUAUUGUUGUUGAAUUACUCCUAGGCGAUAUUCCAGAGAAACAAGUUUUUCGCCAACCAGGACUGAGGCGUUCUCUAUUCCCUUACCUCCAAUUGACAAAGACCGUCCGGAUGGGAAAUCUUCAGGCUUUCGGCGAAGUUUUGGACCAGUUUUCCAACCAGUUUCAAGCUGAUAAUACUUGUUCCUUAAUUCUACGCUUGCGAAAUAAUGUCAUAAAAACCGCGAUCCGAUCAAUUGGCAUGGCAUAUGCAAGAAUCACACCAGCAGAUGUUGCAAAAAAGCUUGGACUUGACUCUAAGGAAGAUGCCGAAUUUAUGGUUGCCAAGGCGAUUCGAGAUGGAGUCAUUGAGGCGACGAUAGAUCCUGAAUGCGGUUGCAUUAAAAGUAAAGAAACUGCUGAUAUUUAUAGAACACGAGAACCCCAGCUUGCUUUUCAUGAAAGGAUCUCAUUCUGUCUCGAUUUGCAUAAUCAAAGUGUGAAAAGCAUGAGAUUUCCACCUAAGAAACCGGUAUCUAAUUUGACUUUGCCUAUUUCAAAAGAACAACAAUUCUUAGAAAUCGUACAAGAACUGUCUGGAGAUCCAGAUGAGGACGAUUUUUAA